CAACUCUGCUCAUCCCAGAAAUGCAUGAUGAUGCAGCAAUUUUCCCCUUAAAACUUGGAAUGAACUAACUGUUUGCAAACCUGAAGAAGUUGUCUCGACCAGAAACGUAGCCCAUUCCUUCUCUCCCCAGAUGAUGAUGAUGAUGUUGUUGUUGCCUGUCCUGCUGAGUUACUCCAGCAUUCUUUUACCAGCAGUCAGUUAAAAUGAUGCAGAAGUAUUUCACCGAAGGACAGGUUUACACUGUUCCAAUCAUCCAGUCGGACUUGCGCCGUGAAGAAGCCAUACACCAGAUCAGCGAUGCCCUUCAGUACCUCCAGAAAAUCUCCAAUGAUAUCUUCAAUAGGGUUUCCCAAAACGUGGAAAGUAAUCAAACUCGUUUGAGGUCCAUCAGUGACCGGAUCAACCUGGCACAAGCCAAGAUCACGAAAAUCAAAGGCAGCAAGAAAGCCACUAAAGUGUUUUCCAGUGCAAAGUACCCUGCACCUGACAGGCUUCAAGACUACGUUUCAAUUUUCACUGGUGCAGAUGGCUCCACUUUGCAGAAACGUCCACGCUACAAGAUUCACAGCAAGCUGAAGCCUCUGGAUGAGAAAGCAGCACAGGAGAAAGUAAAGCUUUAUCAUGUGUGUUUGAAAACGACGUCGCGGGAAGACAAUGAGAUGGAAGAAGGGUUGGGAAGACUUCCACGAAAUAUCAAUUCCAUCAGUUCUCUUCUGCUAUUCAACACAACUGAGAACCCCUACAAGAAAUAUGUUCUAUUGGAUCCAUUAGCUGGUGCUGUGACCAAAACUCACACUGCACUUGAGACGGAGAAAGAGGAGAAACCGUUUGAUGCACCACUCUCUAUCACCAAGAGAGAACAGCUUGAACGACGGACAAUAGAGAAUUAUUUCUACGUUCCAGACCUGGGUCAGGUGCCAGAGAUAGAUGUGCCGUCCUACCUGCCCGACCUACCUGGCAUAGCCGAUGACCUCAUGUACAGUGCUGAUCUAGGUCCUGGUAUCGCACCCUCUGUACCAGGAAGCAAUAUGCCUGAACUGCCCAGUUUCAACAUCGAACCUGUCUACACAAAUGGCCCAGAUCAGCAGAGCACUCAUCUCCCGCUGCCAUCUGUAGAACUGCCCCCGCCUGAACUACUGACGCCAACGAGUGCUCCUCCUCCACCCCCGCCGCCCCCACCACCUCCACCUCCAGCCGAGUCCACCAGCAGUCAACCGCCAGACGGUAUUGCUCAGGGGGCACCUCGGGAGGUAGUGAAGCCCUCGAACGGAAGAGCCAAUCUGCUGGAGUCCAUCCGGCAGGCGGGAGGGAUUGGGAAAGCCAAGCUGCGCAAUGCCAAAUCCAUUAAAAUGGAGAAGAAGAAACAGAAAGAACAGGAACAAGGUGGGACAAGGGAAGGAGCCGGCAAUCUGAUGUCUGAUCUCUUCAACAAGCUCGCAAUGAGGAGAAAAGGUAUUUCGGGUAAAGGUCCUCAACACAGUGAAGGUGGUGGUGGUGGUGACGGGACAGGGGAGGUUCCUGCCACAGGUGGUGCCUUUGCACGAAUGUCUGACGUGAUCCCACCCCUCCCACCUCCGCACCAACAGACUGCUGAAGAUGACGAAGACUGGGAUGCAUGAGGCCGUCUGACUGACUUGGCAAAGAUGUCCGCAUUAAACCUCUGCUUCCCGCAUAACCUUCAACUUCAGUUAUUUGUGUCUUAUCAAUCCUGGCUCGAGCAUUGGAAUUCCUGUCCUUCGAGGAGCAGUAAUUGCCUAACCGCCUCCUCCACUGCCAGCGAGACCAGGCACACAUGGACAAACAGCACCUCAUAUAGGGUCUCUACCCCAAGCAUCACCGAUUCCUUCUCUCCAGCGAUGCUGUCUAUCCCGAUGAGUUACUCCAGCAAGUUAUCUAACCUCGUAUUCCACUAGGACACCUUGGAGCCCAAUAGUAUAAACAUUGAAUUUGACAAUUUGACGUAGUACCAGCGCAGGUACAUUUCUCCCACCAUUUCUCAUCACCCCGUUCCCCUUCUCUGUAUGCUCAUCAACCAUUUCCCAUUUUGUCCCUCCACCCACACCCCGAGCUCUGCCUAUACAUUUCACUCCUCAUCUGACACCCUUUUGGCUUCUUUUCACCUCUAGCCUUGAUCGCUUACUCCACCCACCUGCUAAUCAUUGCCCUCCGAUAGUCCUUGCUUUCCCUCUCUAUCCCCUCCCCUUCCCAGUCUCCCACUGUCUUACUGCCUCCGAUUCCCCUGACAUCAGUCUGAAACGUCACCCGUUCCUUCUCUCCAGAGAUGCUGCCUGACCCGCUGAGUUACUCCGGCGUUUUGUGUCUAUCUUCCACCUAUCACUUAACAGGGUUUAAGAAGGAACUGCAGAUGCUGGAGAAUCGAAGGUUACACAAAAAAGCUGGAGAAACUCAGCGGGUGCAGCAGCAUCUAUGGAGCGAAGGAAAUAGGCAACGUUUCGGGGCCGAAACCCUUCCGGGUUUCGGCCCGAAACGUUGCCUAUUUCCUUCGCUCCAUAGAUGCUGCUGCACCCGCUGAGUUUCUCCUAUCACUUAACAGGCUUUGACUCACCCCACCUCUUUCCCAGCUUCCCCCCCCCCCCCUCCCAUUAGUGUUCCAAACCAAAAUGUCACGUGUCCAUUCCCCCAAGCACUUUUUUAACUCAUGAUUUCUGCAUCUGCAGUGUCGUGUCUCCACUUUUCUUUAAUAUUGCAUCUGUGAUUCAGAUGUGGACACAAAUCAGGCUUUUUACCCUGCUGGCUGGAGUUUGCUUUGUGGAGGAACAUAACCACCUAAAUAUACACGUUAAGAAGAGAAUUUCCAUCCCAGACUUAAAUGAUAUCAAGUGGUCUUGCCUGCUGCACAGGUUGAACAGCAGGGACAUUAAAAUUGAUUCUAAAAUCAUUCUUCAUUUGUUUUAAGCAAAAUUUGCAUAGGUUACAUUUCAUCCUUUAAUAAAAUAGCUUUUAGGUUUGAGAUCCUUGCAACAUCCAGCAUUCACCUCCAUCUUUAGACUACAAAUGUUUUCUCAAUGUUUAAGAAAGAACUGUAGAUGCUGGAAAAAUCAUAGGUAGACGCAAAUGCUGGAGAUACUCAGCGGGUGAGGCAGCAUCUAUGGAGAGAAGGAAUAGGUGACGUUUUGGGUCAAGACCCUUCCCUUCGGAGAGAGAACUUAUUCAAAGUAGACAUACCUUGAGGAAAGUUUGCCAUGGAUAGACCACAUUUUUAAGAGGAACUGCAGAUGCUGGAAAAACUCAGCAGGUGAGGCAGCAUCUAUGGAGCAAAGGAAGAUGCUGCCUCACCUGCUGAGUUUCUCCAGCAUUUUUGUCUACCUUUCAUGUUUUCUCAAUGGUAAUUGAUUUCCAGGCUCUGCCAAAAACCACUUUGUUGUCAGAUAGCAGAUGAGGCAACUGUGUUCUACAAUUCAGCAUUGCACUGAACUGAAGGAAUGGAUUAUACCAUACAUAAUCCCAGAAUAAAAUAGGAAUGAGUUUUAUGAAAAUUAUACUAAAAUGUGUAAUUCAAGUUUAAAUCGAUUAACUGUUGUUUAGAAUAGCAGUAAAACUUAAUUGGUGUCAAGUUUGAAAUAUAAAUGAAGGUCACCAAUGGUCUUAAUUAUUUGAUCUAUGUAAAAGUUUCAAGUUGCUAUCAAUCAUGUAACAUUUGAAUUAGAAUGUCAUGAACGAUGCACAAUCUCAUGUUUUUGAGGAUUGGGUUGUGAUUUAUUGCAAAGUCUUUAAAUAAACAGGAUAGCUUCAAA